ACUUGAGAGAGUCUUUUUAUUUUCUUCUCCGUUUCUCACUCAUCGCUUACUGAAACCAGAAAACGGUUUUAGGGUUUUUGCGGAGGUUUCAAGGUAACGAAGUCAACAAUGGCGGAAGAGCAUAAGCACGAAGAAUCAAUCAUGGAGAAGAUAGCUGAGAAGAUCCAUGGUCACGAUGACUCUUCUUCUUCUUCCGAUUCAGAUGACGAUAAGAAAUCUUCCACUCUCAAAACCAAGAUUUAUCGCCUUUUCGGAAGAGAACAGCCUGUUCACAAGAUUUUUGGUGGCGGAAAACCUGCCGACAUUUUCCUAUGGAGGAACAAGAAGGUAUCAGGAGGAGUGUUGGGUGCUGCAACUGUUUCUUGGAUCUUAUUUGAGUUACUUGAAUACAAUCUCCUUACUCUUUUUGGCCACAUUUCAAUCCUUACUCUUGCAGUAUUGUUCUUGUGGUCAAGUGCUACUACCUUCAUUCACAAGACACCUCCUCACAUCCCUGAAGUUCACAUCCCUGAGGAAGUUGUUCUUCAGCUUGCUUCUGGACUUAGAAUUGAAAUCAACCGUGGAUUUACUGCUCUUAGGGACAUCGCAUCAGGAAGAGACCUCAAGAAGUUUCUUUUGGUGAUUGCUGGUUUAUGGGUUUUGUCCAAAGUUGGUAGCUCCUGCAACUUCUUGACCUUAAUCUACAUUGCAACUGUACUUCUCUUCACAAUUCCCGUGCUGUACGAAAAGUAUGAAGAUAAAGUAGAUGACUUUGGUGAAAAGGCAAUGAGGGAGAUCAAGAAGCAAUAUGUGGAGUUCGAUGUGAAGGUUUUAAGUAAGGUGAUGAGCAAAAUUCCUAAAGGAGCGGCCUUUUACAAGAAGAAGGAUUAGAGAGUGUGUAAGUUUCUCUCAUCAUCAUCAUCAUCAUCUGAGAGUCUUCCAGAUUGAUAUAAAGUCUCGAAGCAUUGUUUUUUUUCUCUUACUUGGUUUUAGCAGCUGUUGGUUAAACACUCAAAUCUCUGCUAUGUGGGUGGAAUUUAUUCGGGGUUUAACCAAAUUUUAUAGCAUAUUGAAUGAUUCUGUUUUUGGUAUACCAUUGUCUCCAUGAAUCUUAUUAAUGAUGAAUCUCUGAAUAUUCUAAAGUUUUGAGAAUAUUUUUUUCCA